GAGACGCGAACGUCCAGGACAACCCGCCGGACAACGAGCUAUCAUGCUGCCUUUCAGCCCACCUGCUCCAUUGCGACCGACGACCCGCCGUCUUAUCCAAGUGCCAUCCGACAUCCCCCACCGCCACCCCGCAGCAUCGGCGGAGAGCCGCUGCCAAAGUACAGCUGCACCGUGUCCGCCGAGGCCAAAGUGCUGCUCCACGUCGAAUCGCGAAAUCCCUUGCAAAUGGCCUCCGACUCGGAAUGGAAGGAGGUCGUCGUCGUCGUGCGCGGCACCCUGCUCGCCCUUCAUCGACCCAAAGACGCCGGUCCCGGGAGACUGCUGCGAACCUACACCCUCCAGCACGCCGAGCUGGGCCUGGCCACCGACACGGAACACGUCGUACUUCGUCCCCAGACCCGACUAGCCCAUCUCAUCCCGUCCGCCGCUCGCCAAAGGGCGUGGCAGAGAGAUCCAGAUCUGUUUCAGCCCGUCCGCCAGCAUGUCCUCCGCGUGCGCGCCGAGACCGAUCAGCUGGUGCUAGCGUCCUCUUCAGAAGCCCAGAUUCAUUCUUUGGUUCAAGCCAUGAGCGCUGCCAUUGACAUUGCGCUCCCCAUCGACGAGAGAAGCAUUCCCAAGCAAUGCACCGUGCCGCGCCGCCGGCGACGACAGCCGGCAGCUCCCAUCAGUGACCUCAACGACCCCCAGCUCCUUGCCCAACAGGAACGCAUCCUCAGAGACAUGUAUCCUGCCUUUGCCGAGCAGUCAAGGGACGAUGGCCAACCCGAUACUCCAAUCACUCCCGACAAUGCCCCGUCCGAAGCGGCACCACCGACGCCCGCUCGUGAAGAAGACGACCUCGAUCUGGCGGCCAUCAGAGAGGAUGCGCCGACGCCUUCGCCAUCACCGCUACCACAAGCGGACGGUGAGCCUCGUCCGUCCAUGUCAAGACAGGUCACUCCCUCCAGCCCCAUCUCUGCCUACUCCAACGACAUGAUGUAUGCCACCUCUCCCGACAACUUCGACGACACGGGCAAAUGGGUGCCACCGCACACCCGCACGCCCUUGCAGAUCCAACGCUACAUCCGCAGGUGCAUGCCCGUGCUCUUGGCCGACUCUCCUCGCGCAAGUGACAUCCUCAUGUAUCACGGCAGGCGCGUCAAGAUCAACUGGCGCAUGGAGUUGCUGGAAACGUGGGAACUUCGACCUCCCAGCUACAAGUCGCAUGGCUUCACCCCCGAGCCAGACUCGGAGCGCGAAAGCUCCAUUUUGGACAUGUUGCCCUCGCCCAUGCCAACGCAAGACAGCGGGCCAGCCUCGCCUUCCGUUCAUGGAAGCGAGAGCGAAGACCCAAUUACGCCUGCAGAG